CCAUUUUCUUUUGAUUCAAGAGACAAGGAAAUGUUGGAGAAAAAAGAACAAAAAAUAAAAGCAGUCUAUGAAAUGGAAAAAGAAGCCCGAAAAUUUGUUGCUAAUCCGCUGCCUGAAUUUGUUCCAAAUCUUCCUGCUAAAAAAUUGAAGCCUGCUACAAUGAUAGAAGAGUUCAUUUUGGAAACUGACAAAAGAGCUGCCAUUCAGCACGAAAAAUGGCAGAAAUUACUCGAAGAAGAGAUGCUCAGAGAUAAGGAAUCUAGAACGUUCAAAGCCAAACCGGCUUCUGUUUUAAACAAUGAACCUUUUGUUCCAGAGUUGCAACACAACAGCAGUACAUUGUGUCUGCAUGGUCUCACUAAUGAAGAGAGACAUGUGCCUACGAAUUUGGAGAAGAGAGCGACUGAGUGGCAACAACGAAACAAAUUAAUUUUGAAGCACCAAGAAGAGAUUGAAAGGCACGCACUUGAAAAUCAAAAAAUUCGCAUGGAGGAAGAAGAAAAAGAAGUUAAGAAGAUGAGAGAUCAGAUGGUCCACCAAGCUCAGCCAAUAAAAUCGGGCAAGCCUCUAAAAAUUGAACCAAGCAAUAAGCCAGUGACUGAACCUAAAUCUCCCAACUUCUCUAAAAGAUUG